AUGCCCUCGAGUGAUAGAACGACUAUGGACAGCGGAGAAGGAGACUUGAGAACGGAGGAGAAUGGCAAUACGAGCAUUGAAGCAGACUCCGACGGAGAGGACAUAGAGGACGUGGAGUUCAAUCGCGAGGAAGAGUCUUCCGACGAGGAGACCUCGCAAGACCGCCGGUUUCUGGAUGAUUCAUCGCAACCUCCCAUUGCCCCGGUCUCAGAAUACGCUCGGACGGACGCGGAGCUUGGGCAAUCGGACACGGAGUCGCAGGUUCGAUUCCAGGGGGGGCGCAAGCGCACCAAACGCGUAGAUGACAGCGAUGAGAGCGCAGAGCCCCCGCCCUUCAGGACAGGCCGUCGUAGAGUCACGAUGCCGUCCGACUCGUCAUCCUCGUCUGACGAGGGCGUGCAAGCGGCAGGUGAAGCCACUGAGUCGAGCCCUGAGGUCAGAGACCAGUCUGCCACGUCGAGCGAGUGGGGCGACCGUCCUGAUUACGACGAUCCUACGUGGGACUGGGACGAUGAGGGUGAUUCUGAGGAGCUGCGCGAGUUCUUUGGGGUCUGCCGCAUCGAUCUCGGGUUCGAGCGCGAUUGGACGGAGUUGGAACAGGGACCGAGCCCGGCUGUUGAGGCCCCUAUAUCGACGAUCGACCCCGUCCUGGCCGCCGCUCAUCAUUUCCACAGCCUCGGCGUUGUGACCGUCACCCACGACCUCUUCGUGAAGAAGUUUUCAAACGGUCAAGUCCGGAAGCAGCCAUGCAAUUGGGCCUCUGACAAGUCUUGGAAGGAGGCAAACCUCGGCAACUGCCUCCAAGAGUUCGCCAAGCCUGGGCGCAACUCCAUCGCCAUCGUCAUGGAGCAGUCUGACAUCUAUGCGCUCGACGUGGACGUCAAGGACGGGGGCUUUGAGGCGCUGGAACGAAUGGUCACGGAGAACGACGUUUUUCCGGACGACACGCCCCACGUAAUCACCGGCAACGGGGGGCUGCACCUUCUCUUUUUCUUGUCUAAAUUUGAGGAGGCUGGCCUGCUGAACUCCAGCAACGGGGCCAGAAUUCCGUACUCGGGCGAAGCGGUGGGCAUCGACGUACGUGGUAGGGGCGGAAUGCUGUACACCGCUCCCAGCAGCUACAAGGGCCUUGAUGGCACGCGUCGGAGCUACGAGUGGAAGGAGGAGAUUCUGCCCGACCGCUCUAAUCUUCGGGCCGUUCCAGACUGGCUCAUCCGCAUCUUGAACGGCAGCGGCGAAGCGCCAAGCGGACGUGGGCGGAUGGCUCGGGAUGGGGAUGGGGCCCGUGAGCCGCAGGGUGUACCGUUUGGACCUCCUCGUCCGAUCGAAGACCCUCAGCUGGCUCCCCCAGCAGCAGUCCUGGAGCGCGUCAAAGCCUGUGUGGCUUCCACUGGCGACACCGCCUCCCGGUUCGAUCGCCUCAAGAUGGGCGACAGCGGGCCAAUCUACGUCUUUCGAGUGGCUGGGCCCCGACGCUGCCCGUACGGCAAUCACCACGACGGUUCCAACAACUUCUCCGUGCUCGUGCGCAAGAGAGACGUGCUCUAUUGCUGCAACAGCUCGGAGUGCCAGGGGGUACGACCCUUGCUCAAGAUCGGAGAGCUCACGCGCUCGGAGGCGGUGGGUGGAGGCGAGAUUCGGGCUUUUAGUGCUGCCGACGCCAGCGCGAUCAACGGCCUGCACAAGAGAUUCGUGGACGCCUGGGCCUUCAAGGGAGACGUAGGCGGCAGCAAGAUCGUCGCUGAGAUGUACGCAAGCUGCAGCAGCCGAGAGAUCAGCAGUACGCUGGACCUCCUCCGCGGGGAGUUGGUCGAUUUCGACUUUGCUCAGCAGCUGGAUGCAGAUCCAGACAUCUUGAACGUGAAGAAUGGAGUGCUCCUUCUGAGGACCGGCGAGCUCGAUGUGCACCGGCCCCAGUACAUGUGCUCCAAGAUUGCGGAGACGGACUUCAUGGCCGUGAUCGGUGAUUACUACGGCACUAUGUCUAAGGACGCGGUCGUCACGGCUCCUGGCCAAAAGGCCUCCUCUAAGAACGCGCCUACAAACCACAUCUACGAGCCGAUGGGCGUGCCGCUUGCCGUCACUGACGAGACGGCGGAGAAGGAGCAGGUGGACCUGGAUCUCGUCCUGGCGAUGACAGGGGGCGGCACAAUAGAAGCGCGGUGCCUCUACUCCAACAACGUCGAGUUCGCCAUCACGCACACACCGUUCGUGCAGACAAACUACCCUCCUGCAGUCUCUGCAACAGCGAUCAAGGGCAACGUCGUGCGCCGAGUGCGAGCGAUCCCGUUUUCCAGCACAUACGUCGGUGCAAACGCUUUCGACCCCACAAACGCAACCCACCGCCUGAGAGACGACCACUUGAAGGAACGCAUGAAGGAAGAGGAGUCGCGUCGGCAGAUUCUUUCUUGGUUAGCUCGCGGCUCGGAGGAGUGGUACGCGAGUGCAGACGGCCUUGGUUCCCCACCAUAG